AUUGCCUGGUCGUCGCAGUGUUGCGGCAGCAUUGGUGCACAGUUUUGUUUGUCCUGCCAGUACUAUCUAUUCCAAACCCGCAAUCAUCUUGCACGAAGACUCUACAAAACAUUCAGCAUAUAACGAAACACUAAAACUUUCUGUGAAAAUUGAAAUGAAUGUGUGUACUUGAAUAAUAAUUUAAACCUUGGAGAUAGGCAGCAUAAAAAGCUCAUCAAAACGAAAUUUACGCGAAACGAGUGACUGUAUGUGUGGCGCGUGUGAAUUUGCGUAGUUUCACUAGAUCAUCUCCAGAAAUCAGCAUAUACGAUGACACAAAUGGCUCAAGAAGAAAUUGUCUCGAAUACCAAAACGGUAAUGCAGGGCUUGGAAGCCCUUCGUGUAGAGCAUGUUACACUGAUGAAUAACCUCUCGGAGGGUAGCAAAACCGAUCCGGACAAGAUGGAAAUCGUGAAGAAGAAUAUGGAGAAUAUUGAGCUCGGGCUAAGCGAAGCACAGGUUAUCGUGAUGCUGUUUGCUCAUCUUCAAAACAUCGAAGCCGAAAAGCAAAAACUACGCACGCAGGUAAAACGGCUCUGCCAGGAGAAUGUGUGGUUGCGUGACGAGUUGGCGAUCACGCAGCAAAAGCUGCAAACUUCCGAACAGAGCGUUGCACAGCUAGAAGAAGAAAAGAAACAUCUAGAGUUUAUGGCUUCGGUGAAAAAGUACGACGAGAUACAAGAAAAUGAGGACAAUUUGGAAAAAUCGCGCACAGACCCAGUAGUUGAACUGUUCCCGGAAGAUGAAGCAGAGGAGCGAAACAACAUGUCACCGACGCCACCAAAUCAAUUUGCGAACCACGCAAAUGCAGGAUACGAAAUACCGGCCCGAUUGCGUACGCUUCACAAUCUGGUUAUACAGUACGCGUCGCAAGGACGGUACGAGGUAGCAGUACCGCUGUGCAAACAGGCUCUAGAAGACCUGGAGAAAACCAGCGGACAUGAUCAUCCCGAUGUAGCCACGAUGUUGAACAUCUUGGCGUUAGUAUACAGAGAUCAGAACAAGUAUAAGGAGGCAGCCAACCUGCUGAACGAUGCCCUUACAAUACGCGAGAAAACUCUCGGCGAAAAUCAUCCGGCCGUUGCUGCUACAUUGAACAACCUGGCCGUUUUGUACGGUAAGCGGGGCAAAUACAAGGAUGCCGAACCGCUUUGCAAACGUGCACUUGAGAUAAGAGAAAAUGUGCUCGGUAAAUCGCAUCCCGAUGUGGCCAAGCAGUUGAACAACUUGGCACUUCUUUGCCAAAAUCAGGCAAAAUACGAGGAAGUUGAAAUGUAUUACAAGCGAGCGCUAGAAAUUUAUGAAAUGAAACUAGGUGGUGACGAUCCGAACGUAGCGAAGACUCUCAACAAUCUUGCCAGCUGCUACCUGAAACAAGGCAAAUACAAGGAAGCAGAAAUGCUGUACAAGGAGGUGCUAACGAGAGCACACGAGCGGGAAUUUGGUGCAAUUAAUGGAGAAAACAAACCAAUCUGGCAGGUGGCCGAAGAGCGGGAGGAGAACAAAUUGAAGAACCGAGAAAACACACCGUAUGGUGAGUACGGUGGGUGGCACAAGGCAGCCAAGGUUGACUCUCCCACCGUCACCACGACCCUGAAAAAUCUCGGUGCUCUGUAUAGAAGGCAGGGCAAGUACGAGGCGGCAGACACGCUGGAAGAUUGUGCUCUACGAAGCAAGAAAGAGGCGCUGGAUUUGGUGAAACAGUCGAAAGUGCUCGGUGUAGCGGACGAUAACAAGCGCCAGAAGAGCGGCAACAGCAAAGAUGAAAAUGAUGAUCACAACAAACGUGUGCACAAAUAGUAGGUGUUUUGCAGACGCGCGCAAUAUUUUUCAUUGCUAAUCCAGAUCCAGAAUAAUUCGUAAUAGCCGGUUGAAACAUUCAGCACAGUGACAGAGAGAAUAGUUAGCAGUAUGGAGCAGAAGGUGUGCAGUGACUUUUCCAUUUCCAAACGCUGAUUCAAACCUUCAAGCCCAACGUGUCUCGGUGUUCGCUUGUUCAUAUUAGUUGUUUACAUGUUUGUUUUAAAUUUUCAUUUUAUUAUUGUAUUCCAAUCCAUUUCGCAAAUGAUAACUGUUUCUCCAUCUUUCUUUUUAUCUCUUUCUCUCUGGUUACCUCUCUCAAUCGUUCCCUCCUAUACAAUGUAUCUCGCGUUACAUCUGCAAUGUUUUUUCUCUAAUGGAAAUGUUCAAUUUAAUGCACAGUUUCGACCUGGUUAACAAUUGCUUUAUAUCGAAGAAGAAAAAAUACAGAUAACUCGUGGCUUAAACACAUUUAGCUUACAAUCCAAUAGAACGAAGGAGUACUAGCAGGAGAUUGUUUUACAAUACAUUAUCAUUUUAUUAUGUGAACACAUGACAAAAAUUCGCUUACAAAAAAUGACACGAUACUUGAUAUAGCAUGAAAUGCUAAGCUCUUAGAAAUAGUUACGAAAAAAUAUUUGGUUUUUUUUUAAAUAUUCGAACCGAUAAAUAGAAGAUAAAUAAAUAUCGCGUUAUUCAGAGGGCCACAUACACAAAAGCUAAACAAUCUGGCAAUAGAACGCGAAAGUGAAAAUAGUUGGUAUAGUUGAGAAAGCAGAGGCAAAAUCAUGGCAAGAGACAGAGAGAACGGGAGAGUGAGAGAUAAAAAGAGAUGGGAAAUAGAUAUAUUUGAAGGAAUUGUUCUAUUUAUCAAACUUGUCGGAGCGAGAAUAGUAAAGCAGUUAAGCAGUAAACUACGCGCUUUUGAUAAUAAAACAAAAAUGCAUACCGAUUAUUUAAUCAUUUCCAAAGUAACAUGUAAGACAUAGACGCGCGUAUAAAAGCAUUCGACAUAAAAUUUUGCUUGUUUUUUUUCGCCAAUACGGAGUUCUAAUGAAUAACUGUACCGAGACUCCUGAA